CUCUCUGAAAGUAUUCAAGAUACCAACUUGACAAUAUGUCUGCAAAGCCCACGAAUACGCAAAUAGAAGGGGACACGGAGAUGCUUUCUCAUAUGCCCACUACUGAUAGCAUCAUGUUGCCCAUUCCCCGGGAUACGUUCGAGAAGCUUUACCUGACUCCUAAGAUGCCCAUUGCGGGAAGGCUGCGGCAGACGUUUGGCAACCCAACCCCAAUCUCACUAAUGGGGUUCUUAGUAUCCGCAACACCUAAUGCAAUGCUCCACAUGGGUUGGAGGGGCGCUGGCGGGGAUGGAGGGGCUAUUCUUCCGGCAUAUAUCGCUUUUGGUGGGAUGACGCAGAUAAUCGGUGCAAUUGGAGAGUGGAUAAUUGGAAAUACCUUCUCCUGUGCGAUAUUUUUCACAUAUGGAGCCUUCUGGCUGGCGCAUGGUGCGUCCUUGAUGCCGUUCUUUGCAGUUGGUGCCCAAUAUUCCUCCACAGGUGACAGCCUUGGGGGUAUGGAAACAGCAGGAUUCCAUGCAACGGCAGGUCUAUAUUAUGUUACUCUGAGUGUGGUUACCUUCGUAUUCCUCAUCUGUUCCAUUCGCACGAACGUGUGCCUAUUCCUCGCGCUAUUAUUCUUGACGGUGGCAUAUAACCUCUAUGCAGCAGUUUAUUUUACCACAGCCCUCGGACAACAGGCGUUAGCAGCCAAGGUGGAAAUGGCUGCGGGUGCAUGUAACUUCAUACUUUGUAUUCCGAUAUGGUACAUCUUUGUGGCCCAAAUGUUGGAAUCGAUUGAUUUUCCUUUUGUGUUGCCUGUUGGAGAUUUGAGUGAGGUUGUUUUAGGAAGAAAUCAAAAGGCGCAGAGAAAGGUGGAUUGUGAGGGAUAG